AUGACCAUAAAAACAUCAGCACUUGUCUGUUCCGGCAAGGACAGCUACAGCUAUCAGCAUAACUACGUGGAUCGCGUACGCCUGGAGGAUACGAACUAUCAGCAGCAGCAUCAGCACCACCACCAGCACUACGCCCACCAUCACCAGAAGACCACACACGAUCCACGCUGUCCGCAGCUGCGCGCCGCUGGCUGGCGACACACGCACAAAUCCGUCUCGCAUCUCGAUUUGGCCACCAGCUGCCAUGGCGCAGCUGGCGCUGGCAUAGAUCACAGGCAGAGGCAACUGCUGCACCAUCAGCCGCACCACCCGCACCGCCCACAGCCGCCGCUGACGCCGCACGCACAGCCCCACUGGACGCAGUGCCGCGUGGGCAUUGCCACCGCCGUUGGCCAGGGCCAGCUGAGGAACGCGCGCUCUUUGGACUACACGCAGCUGGAGCGUGAGGAGAACGCCUUGGACAUAGCCGAGUUCUACUGGCGUUUCGAUGCGGAAGCUCCGCUUGAGCAGGUCGACAACUACGCGGUUAAUGAUAACUACGAGCCAGCAGCUCCCUCGCCUGCUGCCCCAAGCACAGCAGACACAGCAGCAGCAGCAGCAGCAGCAACAGCAGCAACGACAGCAACAACAACAGUAACAGCAGCAACAACAACAACCACUUCAACACCAGGGGCAGGUGCAACAGCAACAGUCACAGCCACAUUCCUUGACUUUGGCAGCGAAUCGUGUAGCUUGCGCAGAUCGCGCAGCUUGGCCGUGAUACGUGAGGAGACAUUUAGCGAUCUGCAAAUUGGCUCCGCAAAUAGCAGUCGCCGGCGAUCGCAGCUCAUACCGCGUGCGCGGCUAGUUAAUCGCGGUUUUUUCCGCGAAUCGCCAAGACUGCACAACAAACAGCAGCAGCAGCAGCAAAGCGCAGCGAGCGAGCAGACAGAGCCGGAGGCGGAGGACAUCCAGAGCAAUACAAGCGGUGCAACCACUUGCGAUUCGCAUCAGCAGCAGCACCAACAGUUGCUACAGCAGCAACAACAACAACAACAUAAACAUCAUCAUCAUCCACAGAGGCAGCGACAUCAGUGCGAAGCUCGUGAUUUUGACGUCUAUUACGAUAAUCUGAAACGCUUGGACGCCUUGGCAUUGGGCUUGAGUGAGCAACUGCAUCCGUGGCACAACGACAAAAGCGAUUUAGAGAGCUUGAAUUCGGAUUACUUUAAGAACUCACUGCACCAGAGCCACUCCGAGCAGCAGCAGCAGCAGCAGCCGUCCUCUCUAGAGUUCGAGGCACUUGAGCAGGCAGUCACCCUGCUGAGCGAGAGGCCACGCAUCUACCAAUCCCGGCGACAGCAGCAGCAGCACAGGGCCCACCAUCACUGCCAUCAGCAGCGGCACAUUGAUCUGGGCGGCGAGUCGUGCCCAGAGCUGAGUCAGAGCAGCGUCUUCCCAGAGACAACCACCAGCAAUUCGGACGACCAAACCGACAGCCCCUCGCUCUCCGAACAGGAAUACGAUCUGACGCGCAUUGAGCAAAUCUUCCAGCAAAGUGAUUCGGGUGCAGCCGAGGAGAGCUACGAGCUGAUCAGCCUAACGACUACGACACGCACACGAUUCGAGAGCAGCGAAGACGAGCACGGCGGAGAGGGCGACUUGACCGAGGCUGAGCAGAGCCUAGCCACGCCCACUGAGACAGCAGCCAGCGACAGCGACGGCACACUAAAGCGAACACACAGCGAACAGUUGGAUAAGCUCAUUGCCUACGACUCGGUCUAUUUAUCGUCCGAAGAAAGCUCCGAGUGCACUCUGAUAGGCGAGAGCUGUGAGAGCUUUGAGAAGCGCACGUUCACGAGCUGCCUGGAGAGCGGAGAGCUAGAAACACGAAGUCUGCUGCAUAUAUCCAUAGAAGACACUGUGUACGAGCCGCAGCCGAAGCAGCAGAAGAAAGGAGAAGAGCUAGAGGGUGAACGAGAGGCAAAGAAAGAGCAAGAACAGGAGCAAAAGCACAAGCAGGAGCAGCCAUUGCUGACCACAGCCAAGGUAGAGGCACAGAUAUACACACAGGUGCUCAAGGUCGAGCAGGCRCCUUGCAGCAGCAGCAACAUCAAUGUGGGCGUCACCUCAAGUGCAGCGAGCAAGCCGAGAAUAUUGAGUGUGGUCGAGAAGCGGAAAUUGAAGCAGGAAGAGCUAAAGCAGCCAGCUCCGCCCGAGCUGAAGCGACAGGCCACAGACACCUUUGUGGCGACAGCGACGCACAAAUCGAAUCUCGUCGAGAACCAGUAUCACAGUCUGCCGGAUGUGAAUAUUGGUGUUAGUCUGAAAGUUUGCGAAAACAUUGACAAGGAGCUCCGGACAUCCUACAAUCUACAGCGUCAGCAGCAGCGCAAGGAGUCCAAGCGCCAGAAAGGACAGAGCGGGGAGAGCGGCGAGGUGACACGGGCAGAGACAUACGAUUCCAUCAGACGCUUCGGCCGUGCCCAUCAGAAGGCCAGGCAAAAGGAAUACGAGGAGCGUGAAAGGCAGCGCGAGAGGGCAGACUCCACUCACGCAGCGAAAAAGGAAACUCAGCAGGAGGCGGCAGCACCGAAGCAAAGUCAAGUGCAGAAAAGCGAAGAAGCUGUGCAACAGGAAUUUCCCGCGCCAAUUGAGGUGGAAAUAGAUGCGGAGCAGUGCAUUGAAGCGGAAGAGCAGCCACUGCCCCCACCGCCCCCACCCAUUGCAGACGAGGAGCUUAACGAACACCAUUCAAGCAACGAACAAAGCGUAAACGAUAACAAUAACGAUAACGAUAACCAAUCAGUGUCCCUCUUGCAGCUAGAGCAACCGAAAGAGGCGCCCGUUAUUGAGGUGGCAAAUUUCAGCAAGCUAAUUGAGCGACGUGCCCAGGAGAUCCGUCAACGAGCCAAGGAGCGGCCCGAGCCACCAGAGCAGACAGAGCAGCCCCCAUCCUUUCGCAUCAUUGUCACCGACGCACAGAACAACAUAAUUCAAACGGAGGCGAUCCAAGAGGAGCCAAGCAAGUCAAGCUCAGCCACUGCACCCCCGAAUUCCGGGCACCCCAGUUCGCAGCGUUCGUUGCGUCGCGCCAGCAGCUCAGCAGGAGGCAAGCCGCCAGAGCGACGAGUGCUCAGCGCCGGAGCGUCCAUUUAUAAGGCCAGACCCAUAAAGGUGCUGUCAACAGCCGGCAGCGAUUCAUUCGGACGACAGAAAAUGUCGCGACCACAGAUUCUGCAUGUUGUGGACAGCAGCAAUGCCAGUGGAGCCGGCAGCCUGCGGCGACGCAGCAGUGCCCGCAGCAUGGCCAGCACAGUCAGCAACGAGAGCGGCGAGGUGGCCACGGAGUAUCUGCAAAAAGUUGAUGCGGUGAAAUGUUAUUGGAACCGGCUGGCGGGCAAUGAGCCAGGCACUGAGGCAGCCAAUAAGGAGCCGAGCUCGCGGCUAAGUUUCCAGCUGGGCACCAAAGUGACGUCGGCGCCAGAGGGCGAGAAGCCAGCAGCAGCAGCAGGCARCAGCGGCGACUACUGCAGCAUCAUGCCGCCCUCGAUUGAGAUUGUGGAGCUGGGCGAUGGUGCUCAGAAGGCAACGAUUGUGAGUGCGGCGCCGCAGGAGCGGCAGGAGGGCGUCGAUGAUGACGAGGACGCGGCACAGUUCGAUCAUAUACGCUACAAGGUGCUCAAGUCGCAGCAGCUGAUUCGCAGCAACAUUCUGACCACACGCAACAAGAAGGAGGCGCAGUUCGAUGGACUCAUUCAAUACCUGCAGGACUACAGCUUCCAGGAGCUGUUGAGCAACAAUAAUGUGGUGAUUGUGGAGCCGGUGCGUACGAAAAUCGAACGACCCUUAACAGUGGGUGUCCCAGCAUCAGCAGCAGGAGCAGCAGGCGGAACAGGAGGCGUACCACCACCAAAGCCGCCCAGGCAAAACGCACAGGUGGCCACGACGGCGCCCAAGAAGGUGAGACAGCGCCAGGUGGGCGGCUCAGGUGCGAAGCGACACUUUUUCUAUCAGCCUGUUAGAGUGAACCGCGAGCUCUAUGAGGAAGAGUUGCCCGAUCCGGAUACGGUGCGCAAUGUGCGUCGCUUCUUCGAGCAGAACAUCCUGCCCACGCCUGGCCAGGGUAUGCUCGUCCACGCGCAGCAAAAGUUCGGUGGUUCCGCCUGCCAGCUGAGUCCAAAGAGCCGGCGAGCGCAUGGCUAUCGCUAUCUGACCAUAGACACAAGCUAUGGCUCAGCAUCGAAUGGCCGCGCCUUGGCCGAGGAGCAGCCGAAGGGCAUGGAGCUGCUGGAGGAGCAAAAGGUGAAGCACUGGGACAACGCCAGCCUCUCGAGCGGCAUCUCCAGCGGUGACCUGUCCUCGCCCUGCGGCGAGUGCCACAAUCAGACCGAGGCGCUGGCCAAAGAGUCGCCCGUGACGGCAUGCAAGAACGUGCACGUGCUGGACGUGGUGAGGCGACACAACAGCAAUGCGGCGAAUGCCAAGGCCAGAGCUAAGCUGGCCAGCCGGCGCACCUGGUGCGUGGGCGGGGCGGCAGGUGACUCUCGCUACCGGCAAAUUUAUGAGCACAAUUUGGAGCAGACGCAGCUGGAGGCGGACAUGCAAGAUGAGCACGCGGGGCAGGAGAAUGAUAAUCAUGACGACGACAAUGAGGACGACGAUGCGGAGACGGACAUGUGCGACACAUAUUAUGUGAGCAAUGACGUGCUAGCUAAAAUACGAGAAUGCGGUUCUACAGUUACCUACUAUGGCGGCAGAGUGCUGGACAGAGGGGCACCCACAACCACAGCUUCGGCAGCAGCAGGGGGAGCAGGAGCAGCAAUGCAGAUAAAUCCACAGUUGAUUAAUGGAAAUUCGAGCAGUGCUACACGCUUGCGGGUGCGUCAAAUCGAGUCGUGCAAUGUUUGUCCGCCCCGUGAGAGCUGCACGCACGAGCCGGAGGAGCAGCAACAGGACUCGUAUCAGGGCAUUAAAUUCAAGCUGGUCAAGUCAAACAGCUGCAGCAGCCGACUGGAGCUGGCGGGCACGGAUGAAGGUGACUCCUUGCUGGGGGAUAGCGAGGUGGUGCGCAAAAUGGUUCAUCACUUUGAGUGCAGCCAACAGCCGCCGGCUGGCGAUGGCAAUCUGACCAUUAACAGUCAGAGCACCGCCGCCAAGAGACAAGCCCAGCACCAGGAGCAGGCGACAGCUCGUCGACAAGUGACAGUAAAUAAUCACAUCAAUGUGCUGCUGGAGGCCGUGCAGGCGGAGCUGAGUGAGUCCCAAGAUGUGCAUGAUAAGCAGAAUGGAGGCGCAGCGACUUAUCAGAGCCAGGCUAUGAAUAUACGCCUCGAUUUAAGUGCGAGGCGAGAAAAUGGCAACGCCAACGCCAACGGCAGCUGCGAUAAGCCAGGCACUAACAGCAAAGUGUGCCGCAAUAAAAAUGUGGAUUUGGCCUAUACGCUGGCCAAACAGCCGGAAGUUAAGGGCCAGCACGUUGUCAACCCGAGCACGCCCACUGCCAAUCAGCAAACAUUAACGAAUUUGACCAAGAAGCCGGAAAUCACAGCUCGUGAACAAAUCAUUGUGCCUGUGCAAAUACACCAGCCGAAGCAACAACAACAACCACAACAACAACAACCAAUAGGGAGUCAGGAGCGCCGACUGAGCAACGCGAGCAGCAGUGCAUCCAUUGUGGACAAAACUGUGGUGCGACACUACGUGGCCAAUGACAGGAGCAUCUACGAGCGCCGCAAAUACGAUGAGAUCGAGUUUGAGGAAUUCGAGAUCUACGAUCCAGCCAAAGAUCUCGAACGUCAACAGCAGGAGCAGGAGCAGCAGCAGCACGCCGAGUCGUCCGAGCACUCCGAGCCAUCGGAUCAGGCCGAGCUCUCCCGAGAYUCCAUAGACAAGAGACAGACAGACGGAGAGCUCUACGACAGCCUCGAUGACAAAAUGUAACAGAAUGCUCAAUUGGAAAACGAAGCAACGACUUUUAGGGCUUUGGGUAAACACGAUAAGGUUUAUCUUCUAAGCUGCACAUAAAUAUAUGGAAUAUAAUAUUUUAUUAGCCUAGCAUUACUUAAGCGCGCAGCUUUACAGGUAAAGCCAAAA